AUGUCUUCUUCUUCGUUAUCCAACAUGACCCUCAGGAGCAUCUACAUCGUCCGUCAUGGCUACCGCUCCGACUGGCUUCCCUAUACCGUGGCCCCGUUGACAGGAAUCGCUUGUGAUCCUCCUCUAGCCCCCCAUGGCGUUGACCAAGCAACUGAAUUAGGUGAAUACCUCCAUGACCAAGCAAUCCCAAAACCUCAACUCAUAUUCUCUAGCCCGUUCUAUCGAUGCGUAGAAACCGCAAACCCUGCCGCAAACCGUCUUCACAUCCCGAUUUUCCUCGAACAAGGAAUUGGUGAAUGGUUCAAGAAAAACCGUGGUCCGAUUCCAGACCCCCCAUCAUUACGUAUACUUUCAACAUUUUUCCCAACGUUAUCUGGCGAUUGGUACGAUAACUCUGACGUUAUUGCAGACCCUACUGGCGAAGAUGAAGUUGAUAUUUUCCACCGUUGUCAAGCUUUCUGGAAAAGUUUCAUUCCGAAGGUGGAGGAACAAUACCCAGAAGUCGAGAGUAUAAUGUUGGUGAGCCAUGCCGCAACGAAAAUCGCCCUUGGAAUGGCUCUCCUAGGUUAUGAUAACGCCCAUCAAUUUCUUAAGCCUGAACACGGCGGGGACGGUAAGAACUUGAGGAUUGAUGCCAGUACCUGUUCUUUAGAUUCCUACGUGAUGGACCCGGUAAAGAAGCAAUGGGGAGUCAAUUUUACUGGAAACACCGAAUUCUUAACAAAUGGCGGGGAAAUGGGCUGGCAUUUUGCCACUAGUAAGUUUGUGGCAGGAUCCAAAGAGGAAAUUGAGGAAAGAAAGAAAAAUUCAUUAGACCCUUGUUGA